AUGAACCGUAUUCGCAGAUGGGCUACUUGCAAGAGAAGAAAUAACGGACGCAACAAGCACGGCCGUGGUCACAACAAGUUUGUUCGUUGCAUCAACUGUUACCGUUGUGUGCCCAAGGAUAAGGCUAUCAAGCGUUUCACCAUCCGUAACAUGGUCGAAGCCGCUGCCGUCCGUGAUUUGCAGGAAGCUUCCAUCUACGAGGAAUACGCCAUCCCCAAGUUGUACGUGAAGCUUCACUACUGCGUCUCUUGCGCCAUUCACGCCAGAGUUGUUCGCGUUCGUUCCGUUGUCGAUCGUCGCAACCGUGCUCCUCCACCAAGAUUCCGCUUCCAAAAGAAGACUGCUUAA